GUUCGACAUUCAGUGAUCCAACUGCCGGAUGAUUUGGCUAGGGCUCAGUGACAUUUCACUGGCCCUACAGGACAAUAUCUCACCAUAAUCUAAUAUUUCCUUCUUUUAUCGUUAAAUAUACCUAGGUUCCUAUCUCGCAGCACUGGUGAUCCACUGUUAUUAGAUACGGAAGCUCGUUAAGCAAAAGUUUCUUCUAUGCGGUGCAGAACCUUUCGAGACAAUUAUUGGAUAUCGGACGGGCGGACGGUUUGGAUAUCGCUUGUUUUUUGAUGGAUGAUGUACUUAAGCAGUUGGAAGAUGCAGCUACUGCACAACUGCUGUCGGUAAAGUCGGAAGAUCGUAAACGAGCAGAAGAGAAGAUUUUACAGUUCCGUUCAUGCUCUGAGCCUUACGAAAUCUGCACUGUUAUUUUAACUCGUUCAAAUAAUGAUUGUCUGCUAUAUGAAGCUGGUCGAUGUCUGUCCCAUGCAGUGGUUAGAGAAUGGAAUUCUGUUUUCGCUUCGUCAUUUGAAAGUGUAGACGGCUGUAAAGCACUGCAGCUUCUAACUUUCAUCUUGGAAUGGUCACAAAGUCGUGGAUUCGAGUGCGGUCCUGCUGCUCGUCAGCGAAUUUUAAGCGCUGCUGGAGCACUCGUUAAAAGAGCUUCAGCAGCCCAUGCCGAAAAACUUGCUGCUGCCUGGAGAUCUACAAAGGCUGAUGAAAAUGUCAUUCAUACAACUAGCCUAGGAUCUCGAAUACUUACCACACCACCAGAUGAUCCAGGACCUGCUUGUUGGUUAUUGAUUAAGUUGAUUGAACACAUCGAAGAGUUGAUCCAGCCGCUUACACAAUCAGACUUAUCUGGCAUAAAUAACGAUCAAGAACCUAUUUUUAAACGAGGAUUAUUAGGUCUGUUUAUAUUGUCUGCAUUAUUGGAUGAAUUUUCCUACUCCGAAGACAGUGCACAGUUGAAUAUGCCAUUAGAAGCACAUGUUUUCCUUCGAGCUAGAUUUCAGGACUAUGAACUAGUACGAUUAUUUAAAAAUUUACUUUGCUUAGCAAAUCAACUGUUAGUUUAUUGGUCAUCACUGGACUGUUCAGCAUUAAGUCAAGGACAAAGUGAAGUUGUAUUCAGAGUAAUAAGUUGCCUGGAUAUGAUUACAGGUUGGGAUUUCUUACCACGUGAACUUAUUCGUUUUCAUGCCAGUCAAUUAAGACGUUCUGAUCAAGAAGCUCGUUUUCGUCCUAGUGAUAAAUGGAGUGAUACGAUGGGAACAGAUGCUUUUCCGAGUACUUUAUUACUAUUUAUUAAAUUACACACAUGGGUUCGCGGUUCAGAUCUGCUUGGUGCACGAACAUUGUCAUGUUUAGUUCGCUUCUCUUUAAUGUCUGGCCCUCUGAUUUAUCCAAUUUCUUCAUUAACUUGUAUAAAUAAUAAUUCAUCUUACCACAAUGGAAUUUCUUCAUCAAAUUAUAAUGAAAAUCAAUCACUGGGUUCACCAAGUACAAUGCAUUACCUAAUACUAAUUGAAAAUUUAAAUUGUUGGUUAGGAAAAGAAAUACCUAUGGAAGAUCCCAUACAAUUAUCAUUCGAGUCGCUCACAGAUCAAAUACCAGGAAUACGUAAUGAAAUAUCUAAUCGAAUAGCAGAUAGUCGUUCAAUUCCAAGUAUAACAUUAGAAAAUUUAUUACCAUAUGAGUUAUCUAUCUUAUCUGAAUUCAUACUUAAUUUAAUGUUGAAUAGUUCACGUGCAUGGGAACCUGUUGAACGAGUUUUAUCAUUGCCUAAAUUCAGCUCACAAGAAUCUUUAUCUAGUGAAAUAUGCCAGUCUAUGUUUCAUAUUGGUUUAAUUAGUUUAUGGGUGAUGGAUAAAUUCUUUUCUUUUCUUUCUUCCCUAUUAAUACAGUGUAUACGAAUACAGACAGAAUGUUCCACAGAUGGAGAUGAUAAUGGUCAGUUAGCUCAUGAAGCUGUUGAACGUUUAUUCAACUGUUGGAGUGAUCUUCUUGAUUUAAUCCCAUCAUCGUUAAGUGAACAGGCACGAUCUCAAAAGAAUCACAAUCUAACAACAAUUGGUUCUACUGAUGAAGAUAAUUCACCGUUGCCUUUAACUACUGGACAAGUACAAAACUCUGACCAGUUGGCUCAGAAAAUGAAAAAGCUACUUGGAUUGUUACGAAGUAGUAAUUCAUCACGACAAUCACAAUUAUUCCAAUUUUUCCUUGCAUCCAAAAUGGCUCAACCGGUUGGUUUACGUCGAACUUGCAGUCAUGAUAAUAAUGAAGAGAUAGAUCUUGAAUUGGAUGAAGAUGAUAUGACUUCUUCAGAGGAUAGUUUAUUCGCUGUAGGAUCUUGUGGUUUAUCUACUCCUGAAGAAUCAGUCACUACACUUGUUCGUUUAAUAAAUGAACGUGUUACCCAAUUGAUUCAAUUACAAAGCUGUGAAUCUUUAAAAUCAAUUGAUUUAUUCGAAGAUAUUCAUUGGUUAUUAUUGAUUAGUGGACAUUUUCUUGUCUCUGGUCCUGCAUCAUUAACAAGUGUUCUACGAAUGGGUUCUCCAUGGGAUACACAAUUCUCAAUACCUCAUCAAAUUUUAUAUCUUGGUUCUAAUGAUACAGUUGAUGUGAUAAAUAGUCGUCGUUUAAUAUUAAUGUCUAUUGCACAAUGUCCUGAUAUGAAUAGUAGUUGGCCUCCAGACAAUUUACCAUAUACACAGAUUCCUUCUUUAAUAAUUUUGUUAUGUUCUCUCUUCCGUCUAUUAUGGUUACAAGCUGCUUAUGGUGUUGGGAGUGCUCAAUUGGUUACGGAUAAUUUUUGGUUAAUGACACGUUUAGCUGUCACAUAUUUCUGCCAUAAUGUAGUCGAUCGGGAUACAUUAAUGUCUAAUAUUUCUCGAUCACCGAUCAUGACAAUACUUCAAGCUGAAUCUGUUCACCCAUUACCAGCACAUCAAGGUGUAUUUUUGUCAAAUAAAACAUAUAACGGAGAAAAUCAACUUUCAGAGAGAAAAGAAAAUCUAUUGCCAGAAAGUUGUAAUGAUAUAAAUCGAGUUUGUAUUCAAGGUUUAUUAAUGUGUGUACGUUUAGCAUUAGAUAAAUGGUCACACGAACCCCAAGCACUAAGUUCACUAACGCGACUAUUGAGUGUGCUCAGUUUGCAUUCACCUAAUUCAUCAUCUGAUUUAGCUUGUUCCGCGUGGUAUGACAUAUGUACGCUUGUCGCUGGUCCUCAGGCUUCAGAACACACAUGGCCUAAUUUGUCGACAGAUAGUUUAAUUCAAUUAGUUGAAGCCUGUUUAUGCGGUAGUUGGGCAAUUGAUAAAACAAAACUAUCAUCAUCGGCAUUAGUUCAGCAGCAGCAUCAAAGUAAUGAAGAUGUCUCCGAUACUUUGCUGCUUCAGCUUAUCCGCGAGAUUCGAGAACAUGUUCUUCGUGUAAUCAAUGUUCUUACCCAUGAUGAAGCGUCUUUCAGUUCACUUCAAGAUUCUACAUCCACUAAUAUGUUGGUUAAUUGUACAGCUGUUUUAAGAGGUGUUUCACGUGCUGUAGGAUCAAUAGCAACAAACAGUAACUCAACUACCGAUUUAGUUUCAUUAGUUUGGAAUGGUCUUUUAGGUCCAUUCUUAUCACAUAGUGCAAAUUAUUUAGUGUUGAAAUGUCAUAAUUAUUCAGAAGCUUUACAAUCAUUAUUCUCUUUAUUCACUGAUGUUGCUGAUUCCUGUCUGAUUUAUUUGGCCGGUCUUCCAUCAUCAUCAUCAUUUUCAGAAUCAUUAUUGAAUAAUGAUUCUACAGUUGUACAAUCAUCAUUGGAAACAAAUAAUGAAACUAGAAAUGGUUGUGCUACUCCAUAUGCUUCUGGUUCAUUUUUAAAUUGGACAGUUGUUCUAUGCAAACAUUAUACUAAAAUUACACAAGGUAAAUUAAAUUUUGAAGCGACAGCUGAAGAUGAUCAAAUUCAAGAACUUCAACUUUUACUUAAUCUCCUAAAUCGUGUUCUUUAUCAUGAAUUUGAAUUAAGGCUUAGUGGCGCUAUAGUUUUAUCUCGGGUUGAUAAUGAACUAGUUAUUCAACCAGAUUCUAUGAAUUCUCAAGAUGCAACAUGUAGUACUAUUCCGACAGUUGAUGCAGCCGUUAUUGGUUUAGGACAUUUACUACCGUUAAUAACAGAAUCUAACUUGACAAUCCCAGAAUUAUGUCAAGCAUUUUAUUCGUUAGCCUCUUAUGCAUGUGAAUUACGUCCUCAGGGAUUCAUCCGACUUACAGACAAUCAACUUACAUCUUUUGGUCGUCUUCUUCGAUUUGGAAUAUUUGGUGUAGAAUUUGAUCAAUCAAAUCACAUUAAAUCUUCAUCUGCCUCACGAUCUGCAUCAUGUUCAGCAGGAUGUGUUGACAAUUCAGUGGUUCAGCAAUGUUUGGAUAUUAUAAUUUCAUUGACUGAUCAUUUUUUGGAGAUUAGAUCACGUUCUCGUUCUUGUCCUGUAGAAGAGCUUCAAAAUGCUAUUCGUUUGAUCAAUGUUAUCGGUUUGAAUACACAAUUCCUGUCUGACUUAUUCACAUUACUAACAAGAGAAAGUUAUUCGGUCAACUUAGAAGCAUCAUUUUCAUCUGCACUCCUUAAUUUAAUUCAUUUAAGUCCGGAAGCUUAUUCAAAUCUUGUUUAUCAAUGGAUUAAUAAUUGUGAAAAUCCUAUGAUACAAACACGUCUUAGUGAUGCUUUCAAACAUUUAGGUAAUUAUUGUUGCCAUAGUAAUAAUGAUAAUAAUACUGAAAUAAUACAAUCCGAUCAACAAUUAAUAAUGGAGGAUCAAACUAAUAAAAAUAAUUUAUAUAUAAAAUGUUUUAAUGAAACUAAACCAACUCGUUCAAUUCGAUCAGAAUUUCAACAAUAUUUUCAUUUGUUUGUCACUGAAAUGCGAUCAUUUAUAUGUUUUGGAUAAUUAAGUGUAUCUAUGUUAUAUAUACAGAUAUAUCUCGUUUGUAUGCCACUUUUUCUACAUAACUAAAAUGCUGGUACUUGAAUCCAACGGUGAGUAAUAAAUACUCUUCAGUUGUGUUUUUUUUUCUUAUCGUCGUAAUACUUUCCUUUUUAUGUAUUUAACUCGAUCUAUCUAAUUCAUAUUUUAUUACAAUCAGCAUUUUGGUUUGCCGUUGUACAGACUUGUUAGAUUCAUAUUAUUAUUAUUAUUAUUAUUAUGACAAAUAAUUAAAACUAUUAUUGGAUAAUAAUGUAUAUUCUUUUGAGUUUUUACUUGUUUUGAUGAUGAGUGUUGAACCGUUCAAACUAAUUGUCUCAGAUUAGAGUAAUAUGUUUUUUG